AUGCCAAACGUCUUUGCUGUUCCAGUCUUUUUCAUCUGCUUCCGCGAAUGCCUGGAAUGCAGCAUCAUUGUCUCUGUGCUAUUGGCUUUCUUGAAACAAACACUCGGCCCUGAGCACGAUGCUGCAAUUCGUAAGAGGCUCGUCCGUCAGGUCUGGGCCGGAGUAGGGCUGGGGGUGCUGAUCUGCUUGAUCAUUUGUGCUGGCGUGAUUGGAACAUUCUAUACUGCAGGUCGCAACACAUUCGAUAAAGCCGAGAACAUCUGGGAAGGCGUCUUCGCGCUGAUUGCCAGUAUCAUCAUCACCAUCAUGGGAGCUGCACUGCUCCGUGUCAGCAAGUUGCAAGACAAAUGGCGCAACAAGAUUCGCAAAGUACUGGCAGAAAAUGACACAAGCAAGCCAGCGGGUGGCCGCUUUAAGGGAUGGUCCGAAAAGUACGCCAUGUUCAUCCUGCCGUUCAUUACCGUUCUUCGAGAAGGUAUUGAGGCCGUGCUGUUCAUCGCAGGCGUAGGUAUUGGUCUUCCUGCGACGUCCAUACCUCUUGCAGCCAUCUGUGGUCUCGGUGCCGGAGCACUCAUCGGCUACCUUAUCUACAAGGGCGGCAAUAAGACAUCUCUCCAGAUCUUCCUUGUCAUCUCGACCUGCUUCUUGUACCUCGUAGCUGCAGGUCUGUUCUCCAAAGGAGUCUGGAACCUCGAGCAGAAUGCCUGGGUCAAGAUCGCAGGUGAGGGAGCUGCAGAAGCUGGUGCUGGGCCUGGUAGCUACGACAUCAGGAAGAGCGUAUGGCACGUCAACUUUGGCUCACCCCUUGAGAAUGGCUCCGGUGGUUGGGGCAUCUUCAACUCGCUCUUUGGCUGGCAAAACAGUGCCACCUACGGCUCUGUCAUCUCGUACAACCUUUACUGGGUCGCCGUCAUCGCGGGCUUCGUGUACCUAGGCUGGAAGGAACGCAAGGAGGUCGCUUUCGAUGCUGCUGAGGAUCUGAGCGAGACGUCCAGCGGCCACGCAGAACUUGCAGGAAAGAAGACCAGCGAAGAGGGGCAUGUCGUGGCGUCGAACGUAAGGGAGAUCGAUGUCUAG